CUUCAUUGAAAAGUAGCAAACCAUCACCUUUCCUUCUUCCGCCAUGGAAGAAAGAGCAACUCCAAGCCAAAAAGACGCCGCCUUUAAGCCCAGCUCCGCCGUGAAAGGCCUCCGUUUUGGUGGCCAAUUCAUCACCAAAUCCUUUACUGUCCGCCGCGCUACCUCGCCGGAACUCCUCCACCUCCUCAACUAUCCAUCCCCUGCCUCCCCCUUCCCUUCCACCAUCGCUUACCUCCCAACAACCUUCACCAUCCUCGCUCACGAAGCUUACCGUACCAUUACUCUCGGACUCGGCUCUCGCCGUUCCAAAGCUCUGUUUUUUAUCUUCGAAUCCGAAUCUCUCUGCUCCGCCGUCAGCCCCUCAUGGACUCCACUCAUCACCCUCGGCGACGUGAACCGCCGCUUUCUGCGAGGGCUAACCGGCUGCGAGAUGGCGCGAUUCAAGUUCAGAAAAGGUUGUCUUACCUUCUACCUUUACGCGGUGCGGCGGCGUGGAGGCGCUGGAUUUAGCCGCGCCGAUGAUCUGCGGGCGCUGGUUGAGUCUGUUGCCGCGUUGAAUGAUUUUCUGGAUUUUACAGCUCUGCUCGCCGCGCCGAGCCAGAAGAGUCUUGGGGACUCGCCGACGUUGGCUGUGGUUAACUGAUUUGGAAAAAAAAAAGUUUCAUCUUUAGCUUAAAGUUUGAAUUUUUAUGAGAUUGAUGUUCGACUGUUUAGAUUGCUGUUGUUAUCCUGAGAGUGGAGAUUAUCUCUGAAGAUCCUUUUUUGAAAAUUGAAGCUUUUGGGUGUGAAAUAUGUAAUUAAAGCUGUUGUAAGUGUAAU